AUGAAGGUGAAAGAGGAGAAGGCCGGUGUAGGAAAGCUGAACCCCACAAAGUAUAGGAGGAGAUGUCUGGAUAAAGACUGCCCUUCCAUCCAUAUCAGGCUUCCAGUCCACAGUUAUACUCAAAGAAAAGGUAACCAGAAAGGGCAUCUCUCAGGCCUGCAAAAAGUCCACUGGGGUCUUCAACCAGACAAGCCACAGCAGGAACUGACCAGCCCAGGGAGAGGAACAAGCAUCAGGAACAGGAACAUGGAUCUUAUCAGCAGGACUCGGUCCCCAGCUGCUGAGCAGCUCCAGGACAUCCUGGGGGAGGAAGAUGAGGCUCCCAAUCCCACCCUCUUCACAGAGAUGGACACUCUGCAGCAUGAUGGAGACCAGAUGGAAUGGAAGGAGUCAGCCAGGUGGAUAAAGUUUGAAGAAAAGGUAGAAGAAGGAGGCGAACGCUGGAGCAAGCCCCACGUGUCCACACUGUCCCUGCACAGCCUCUUCGAGCUCCGGACCUGCCUGCAGACAGGGACGGUGCUGCUGGAUCUGGACCGUGGCUCCUUACCACAGAUCAUAGAUGAUGUCAUUGAGAAGCAGAUUGAAGAUGGCCUUCUGCGGCCAGAACUCCGGGAGAGGGUCAGCUAUGUCCUUCUGAGGAAGCAUCGCCAUCAAACUAAGAAGCCCAUCCACCGCUCCUUAGUGGACAUUGGAAAGUCGGUCUCCUCUACCACGAGCCGGAGCCCUGCCCGGAGCCCUGCCCGGAGCCCUGCAGCUGGCCCAAGUCUGCGCCGUUCCACUGAGGACCUGAGGAUGCGGCAAAACACAAAUUAUGGACAUCUGUAUCACGCCCAGAGCAGAAGCAUGAAUGACAUUUCUCACACUCCAAACACAGACCAGAGGAAAAACAAGUUCAUGAAGAAGAUCCCUAAGGACUCAGAAGCCUCCAAUGUGCUUGUGGGAGAGGUGGACUUUCUGGACCAGCCUUUCAUUGCCUUUGUGCGUCUCAUCCAGUCAGCCAUGCUGGGAGGAGUGACUGAAGUGCCCGUUCCCACUAGAUUUCUGUUCAUACUGCUGGGGCCUUCUGGGAGAGCAAAAUCCUACAAUGAAAUUGGCCGUGCCAUUGCGACUCUCAUGGUGGAUGACCUCUUCAGUGAUGUGGCCUAUAAAGCCCGCAAUCGGGAUGAUCUGAUUGCAGGGAUUGAUGAGUUCCUGGAUGAGGUCAUCGUCCUUCCUCCUGGAGAAUGGGACCCAAACAUUCGCAUUGAGCCACCCAAGAAAGUACCCUCUGCAGACAAGAGGAAAUCCGUGUUCUCAUUGGCCGAGCUAGGCCAGAUGAAUGGCGCAGUGGGAGGAGGCGGCGCGUCUUCCGGCGGAGGAGGCCCCGGUGGUGGAGCAGGGGGCAGCGGGGCCAGCGGAGCAGGUGGUGGGGAUGACGCAGAGAUGCCCGCUGCGCAUGAAAUUGGGGAGGAGCUCAUCUGGACAGGAAGGUUCUUUGGCGGACUGUGUCUGGACAUCAAGAGGAAGCUACCCUGGUUCCUGAGUGACUUCUACGAUGGCUUCCACAUCCAGUCCAUCUCUGCCAUUCUCUUCAUCUACCUCGGCUGUAUCACCAAUGCAAUCACCUUUGGUGGGCUUCUGGGCGAUGCCACUGACAAUUAUCAGGGAGUGAUGGAGAGCUUCCUGGGCACCGCCAUGGCCGGCUCCUUGUUCUGCCUCUUCUCGGGACAGCCUCUUAUCAUUCUCAGCAGCACGGGGCCCAUCCUCAUCUUUGAGAAGCUCCUCUUCGAUUUCAGCAAAGGCAAUGGCCUGGACUACAUGGAGUUCCGCCUCUGGAUUGGCCUUCACUCAGCCAUCCAGUGCCUUAUCCUGGUGGCCACAGAUGCCAGCUUUAUCAUCAAGUAUAUCACCCGCUUCACUGAGGAGGGAUUCUCCACCCUCAUCAGCUUUAUCUUCAUUUACGACGCCAUUAAGAAGAUGAUCGGUGCCUUCAGGUACUACCCCAUCAACACGGAUUUCAAGCCUGACUCCAUCACCACAUACAAAUGCGAGUGCGUCGCCCCUGAUGCAGUGAAUGCAACUGUCUUCAAUGCCUCAGCCCCACUGGCACCAAAUACCAACAGUUCUCUGUACAAUCCCCUUAACCUCACAGCACUGGACUGGUCCCUGCUGAGCAAGAAAGAGUGCCUGAGCUAUGGUGGGCGCCUCCUUGGGAGCUCCUGCCAGUUCAUCCCAGACCUGGCGCUCAUGUCCUUCAUCCUUUUCUUUGGGACAUACUCCAUGACCUUGACCCUGAAGAAGUUCAAAUUCAGCCGCUAUUUUCCAACCAAGGUCCGGGCCCUGGUGGCUGACUUUUCCAUCAUUUUCUCUAUCCUGCUGUUCUGUGGAAUCGAUGCCUGUUUUGGCCUGGAAACGCCCAAGCUGCACGUGCCCAGUGUUAUCAAGCCCACGCGGCCUGACCGAGGCUGGUUUGUGGCCCCCUUUGGGAAGAACCCGUGGUGGGUGUACCUGGCAAGCAUCCUGCCCGCUCUGCUGGUGACCAUCUUGAUCUUCAUGGACCAGCAGAUCACAGCUGUCAUUGUCAACCGGAAGGAGAACAAACUGAAGAAGGCUGCCGGCUACCAUCUGGACCUGUUCUGGGUGGGCAUCCUCAUGGCCCUGUGUUCCUUCACGGGGCUCCCCUGGUACGUGGCUGCCACAGUCAUCUCCAUUGCCCACAUUGACAGCCUCAAGAUGGAGACAGAGACCAGCGCCCCUGGGGAGCAGCCCCAGUUCCUGGGAGUCAGGGAACAGAGAGUAACUGGCAUCAUUGUCUUCAUCCUGACGGGAAUCUCGGUGUUUCUGGCUCCCAUCUUGAAGUAUAUCCCUAUGCCAGUUCUAUAUGGAGUCUUCCUCUACAUGGGUGUGGCCUCCCUGAAUGGCAUCCAGUUCUGGGAGCGCUGCAAGCUCUUCUUGAUGCCUGCCAAGCACCAGCCAGACCACGCCUUCCUUCGCCACGUGCCCUUGCGCCGCAUCCACCUCUUCACCUUGGUGCAGAUCCUCUGCCUGGCCGUCCUCUGGAUCCUCAAGUCCACUGUGGCAGCCAUCAUCUUUCCAGUCAUGAUCCUGGGCCUCAUCCUUGUGCGAAGGCUUCUGGACUUUAUCUUCUCUCAGCAUGACCUGGCUUGGAUUGACAACAUCCUCCCAGAGAAGGAGAAGAAGGAGGCAGACAAAAAGAAGAAAAGGAAAGGGGCCCAUGAGGACAGUGAUGAGGAGGAAAAAGAUCUUCCAGUUGGAGUUACUCACUCUGAUGCAUCUUUCGGUGGCUCAGAACUGGAUCGAAGCAUCACCUUGCACUUCAAGAUCUCCUGUCCAGCUUCACCUGCUUUCAACUACUCCCGGAACCCCAUCUUCAUGGUGCCACAGGUGAAGAUAGAGAUGGAAUCUGACUAUGACUUCACAGAUGUGGAUGAGUAUGCCAGAGAGGCUGACGGAGAGACCACCCUCUAGGGUGGCACAGCUGUGCCCAGACUGGGGACAGGGUGAGGGCCUGAUUUAGUUUCAAUUUGAGUCUGGUCAAGCCUAACUUCUCCAUGCCAGCAUCCUUCCUUACCAAGUGGAGUGAAUCCUUUUGGCUGAGACUCUUCAGCGAAAGUCAUCCUUAGGUGCAAAGCUCUCCUCUUCCCUUUGUAGUUACUAAAAUACAGAAAGCUAAACAUACCUUAUUUUCAAAUGCAGCCCACCUAGAAAUUACAUUUCUUUUGAAAUGCAAAAAUGUAUAUUUGCCAAAAUCUUAGCUAAUAUAAAUAGGCAAUAGUUAAUUUAUAUUUAAAACAAAUAUCAAUUAAAAUUUUUAGAUUGAAAUCCAGAUGGUUUGAAAGAAUGCAAAACACUCCUACAGCCAAGGGGGGGUGGCACACACCCGCAAUCCCAGCACUUGGGGUGUUGAGCCAGGAAGAGCACAAGUUUGAGAGCAGGCUGAGCUGUAUAAUGAGGCUCUGUCUCAAAAACACAAAACCAAACAAACUCAUAUCAAUAGACCAUUGUUGCAAUAUUUGUUUUGCAAAUUUGCAUAUUAAAGAGUGAAAAGGUUUGGUCUUUUCAUCUCAUUCUGUUGAGUUUGAACCAUCUACAUCAUGGAGCCUCGACUAGAAAUGGGACUAACGCUAUUCCAAAAUGAAAAGCCAGUCCUAAAAGUCUUUGAGUGGAUAAAUGUUUUAAAAAUAAAAUUGCUCAUAAUAAAGUUAAAUCUCAAACUACAUGAUAAAUUAGCAAAAUGGCCAUUUAAAUGUAGUUCAGGUUUUUCACACCUGGAAUCCAAUUUCUGUCGGCAUUUGGUAGGUCCUUCCUGCAAGUCUGCUGAUAGCCACAGUUAAACCUCUGUUCACAUGAACAUCACAUGUUAGGCAGCUAACAUUUUAGAAGACUGUAACUUUGCAAUGUUAAUCAAACUAGUACUCUAAAGUAAUGAUUGGAAGCAAUGUGGGUAGAUUAAAACCAGCUAUUAACAAAGCAAAUCCUUUCCAUAGGAAGUUAAAGAUUAGACAUUAUCUUCAAUCCCCAUUGAGUUAGCACCAACUAUGUACUAACACCUAUUACUACCCAGUAGCCAAAAAACAUCUAAUAUUUCCUUUCUCUAAAACUGUGGAUUUGAAUCUUGAGUAAAUCACAUUGCUUAGUUACUACAUUUACUCAAGAUGACAAAUACAUAUUUUUCAUUUUUUUAAAAAAGACAGAUGACACCAGAUCAUUAACACCUUAGAUAUGAGAACAGGUAAUUGCCUCUGUAAUCUUUAGAGGCUAACAGUUCCUUGCCCAUAAAAUGUCCUCAAAAAAAUGUCCACAAAAGGUAAUCUGAGCUCUAUUCCAAGGGUUUUUGCCAAGAGGUAGUCUCUAAGCCUCUGUCAUUCCUGAUAGCAGAAUCAAAUAAUGUUCACUAAUCCAAAACUUCUAAAAUUUAAAUAUAAAUUAUUUUAUCUUCCUGUGCACUAAUACAAGGAAAGCAAACCAUCUCCCCUGAACAUUUCGGCUUUAAAGUCUGGCUGAUUUGGAAUAGGGGCUUUGUUCAGAUUGUAGAAUUGAUAUGUGGAUUCAGGAGUAAAUGUGCUUGCAUUAAUUAAACAAACUAGAAAACUCCAAUGUUAGUUUCUUGCUGUUGUUGUAAAUUGACCUGUGUUUUACCUUAUAUAUCAUUUAUAUUUUGUAUAUACAUAAGCAGGGUAACAUAUUGUUACUUCUCCAUGCAGUAAACAGAUAAUUUUUCCAUGUUUAAUAUAACUAUAAUUCAAUAAAAAUUAAUCAUUCACUCAGCUACUCUUUGUUUAAUAAUGUAGGCUAGGAGAGCAGGUGUGGCAUAUCGACAUGAGCUCUAUCUCAUAAAAACAUGUCCACAGACUUUCCAAAGAGCAAAGCCAGCUGGCAGAGGCACAAGGAAGGAGCAGGUCAACCUCCUAGCAUUUUUUAAAAUUUUAUUUCCUUCUCCAGCUGCCAAGAGCAGAAGCUACUUCUUUCUGUACGAAGCCUGGAUACACGGUUCAGAAUACAGAGUCCCAUCCCAGCCCCAAGAUACGCACGACAAACACCUCAUCUGUCAGAGCAAACACAUAAAGACUCAUGUGCAUACGUUCAUACACACAGGAGAUAUACAAAGUAUGCUUUAAAAAAUGUUUAAAUUUUUUAAAAUUACAGGAAGACACAUUGCCAUGAAUUCCCCUCAGAAAUCUCUCCCCCACCCCUAAACUUUGAACACAGAUAUCCCAUGACUCCUGCUACUUUCUGAAGCAAUUCUGGAAGUCCUCUUUUUGUUACACUGCUGUGGGUGCCUGGAUGUCCUCAGAGACUCAGAGUGCCUCCAUUUAUGAUCAUUUUAAGAGCCAGCAGUUGCGUGGUGCCAGAUCAAGUGAAUAAGGUGAGCAGGGACACACCAUCGUCGUUCCAGGCCUGCCUUUCUGUUGGAUACAGCAGCAGCAUUCACAUUUGGAAUACACUUCAUAAAGACACUCAAGGUCCUUCCAGAGCUGCUUCAGAAAGUGACAAGAACAAUGGGAAAAGUGCUUUCAAAAUGGGAGUGUUGAUGCCAAUGUGUCUUUUACUGUAAUAAAUUUUAAUAUUCAUCA